GUAUACGAUGUGUACGGAAGUGCGGUAAGUGUGUAGAGACAUGAGUAAAAAUGUCGGAUUUCAACUCCGCGAUGUAAAACCUGGGUUUGUUGAGAUGACUUGGUGUUUAUACCAGCUUGCCACUUAGCUGUGUCAUACAGGACUUUACACAGGACAAUGAAGUCCCAAGACGUGUUGAAGGAUGCAUCCACUCUUGCUUCAUACAAUGUAUUGCUACAGGUGAUGUUUCGUGUGCUCACCUUCUUGCUGAAUGCGUUUACCCUUCGUUUUGUUUCCAAAGAGCUCAUUGGUGUUGUUAAUGUAAGGCUAACACUGCUGUACUCCACGCUGGUAUUCUUGUCCAGAGAGGCAUUCAGGAAAGCAUGUCUUAGUGGAUCUGGAACAGAUCCUAACUGGAGACAGGUCAUCAACCUGCUAUGGCUGACGUUGCCUUUGGGUGUUCUGUGGGGGUCCCUGCUUGUGUGUGUUUGGCUAUGGCUCCUGGAAGUGCCAGACCCCCAGGCCAUUCCACACUAUAGCCCUGCUGUGGGGCUUUUUGCCCUGGCUGCUGUGCAGGAGCUGCUGGCUGAACCGCUCUGGGUCCUGGCUCAAGCACACUUGUUUGUCAGACUGAAGGUGGUGGCAGAGAGCUUGGCGAUGAUUGCUAAGUGUGUUCUGACAGUGGUUCUGGUGGUAUCUGCCCCUCAGUGGGGCCUGUACAUCUUCUCUAUGGCUCAGCUGGUGUACACAGGGUCCCUUGUCUUGUGCUACUUUGGCUACUUCCUGCAUUUUUGGGGCUCUGGUGAAGCCCAAAGGAAGGCCUUCCCCCUUCGCUGCAUUGGAGACCUGCUGCCUUCCAGGGUGAAUGAAGAGCCGUGGGUGGACUGGACCCUGGCCAGGCUGACGUGGAGCUUCUUUAAGCAGUCCUUCCUGAAGCAGAUCCUGACGGAGGGAGAGAGAUAUGUCAUGACCUUCCUGAACGUGCUUAGUUUUGGGGAUCAGGGUAUAUAUGACAUUGUCAACAACCUGGGCUCCAUGGUGGCCCGCUUCAUCUUCCUGCCCAUUGAGGAGAGCUUCUAUGUCUUUUUUGCCAAAGUUCUGGAGCGAGGGCGGGAUGUGAAGAGUCAGAAGCAGGAGGAUGUUGCUAUCGUGGCUCAGGUUCUGGAAUCUCUUUUGAAGUUGGUGCUUGUGAUUGGUCUGAUCAUCACAGUGUUUGGAUAUGCCUACUCUGAACUUGCGUUGGACAUUUAUGGGGGCUCCCUGCUCAGCAGUGGAACAGGGCCCAGUCUAUUACGAUGUUUCAGCUCAUAUGUACUUCUGCUCGCUAUCAAUGGAGUGACUGAGUGCUUUGUCUUUGCUGCCAUGAGCCAAGAGGAGGUAGACAGGUAUAACCUGGUGAUGCUAGCUCUGUCAGUCUCCUUCCUGGUCUUGUCCUACAUGCUGACAUGGUGGGCAGGGGGAAUCGGCUUCAUCCUGGCCAACUGUUUAAACAUGGGCCUCCGUAUCCUGCACAGCCUCCUCUACAUCCACCGCUACUUCCAGCAGAGCCCCUGGACCCCCCUGCGUGGCCUCCGGCCCUCCCCAGCCCUGCUGCUCUCUCUGGCUCUCAGUGCAGCCCUCACUACCCUAUCUGAGGGUGCGUUCUGCUGUGAUGGAGGGUGGAUGCUGAGGCUGGUCCAUGUUGCUGUUGGAGCAGGAUGUCUUCUGGGUGUGCUUGGCACUGUCCUCCUUACAGAGACUCAACUUGUUCAGUUUGUCCAGACUCAGCUUCUGCCCAGGUACAGAAAGAAGCAGACAUAAAUCUUCCCUGUAAUAGGCAGAACAGACUUCCAUCAUCCCUUAAAAAUGUGUAAGUAAAUACUGUAAAGGGGGAAGCAAGAACCGUGCUUUUCUCUUUGAAGCAUUCCAAGUAUCCAAGCGGUCUGUGGAUGGCUCUUUGUAUAGUACAUUUUGUAUAUGUUCAUAUGGCUGUAUACCCAUAUAUUUUGGUUUUCUAACAUUUAGGCCUA